CCCGGGCCCGCUUUUUAAAGACUACGACUCCCGGUGUGCCCCGCGGCCCAAGACCAGAAGGGCCCGGUUCCGGAGCCGGCUGGGGCUUGUGGCUCCGGUGGGGAAUCGCCGGGGAGAUGGCCACGGGGACAGACCAGGUGGUGGGACUCAGCCUCGUCGCCGUUAGCCUGAUCAUCUUCACCUACUACACCGUCUGGGUGAUUCUCUUGCCAUUCAUUGACAGCCAGCAUGUCAUCCACAAGUACUUCCUGCCCCGAGCCUAUGCUGUCGCCAUCCCGCUGGCCGCUGGCCUCCUGCUGCUCCUGUUUGUGGGACUGUUCAUCACCUGUGUCAUGCUGAAAAACCAGAAAGCGACCAAAAAGGCUCAGUGAGGGCCCAGUGGGGCUCAGGCUGCCAGCCCUUCCUCUGCAUCCCCUCCAAAGGUGGGCGCACACAGGACCCAUCCAGGCGCCCUGGCCGCCCUGCAGACCUCCCUGUGGGAUGGAGCUGUUCAGGACUGACCGCACAGGCCUGCUCCUCCCCUGCUCAACCUUCCAGAAGCCAGGAGGGAGAAUUACCUGGAAGGCCUCCCUCUCACCCCUUUCAGGGCCUGAAAGAUGCUGGUUGGACCCACCUCACCGUCAGGCUCCCUGUCUCCUUUUCCUCAGGGUUCCCCCCUCUUGUUUCACUUUCCUUCUUGUCACCUGCUGUUCUUGGAGUUGGCAGGUUCUGAGGCACCACGUGACCUUUCCCCUCACGUCCUCCUCCUUGUCGGAGCAGCUUUCCCAGGCCCCGCAAGGACUUCGGGACCUGGAAAGCCUACGGGGAGGACUGGCAGGCCCUAGGGUUACCACCAGGCCUCGGAGCACAGUAGGGUGGCCACAGUGGGCCUCCAGAUCAACUGCUCCUCGUAGAGGCCCAGUCCCCCAGCCAUAGCGCUAGCCUGCUGGGGAGAGCUGAACAAUAAACGUUGAUGAUGUGUCUG